AUGGAGACACUGUUAACAACACAUCUCAAUGCCGCAAAUGACACAAAUCAUCUUCUUAGAAGCGAAACGGAACGAGCUAUGGUGAAAAUGGAUCAACACAAAAGGAGAGCAACACGGUCUAAUCUUAUUCUUUUUCUCAUCUCGAUCUUGUUCGAUCUCACCACAUUUUGCUUCGCUCAGUUCAAAUUGGCUCGCUUCAGGUUGUUGAAUGGCGGAAUUGAUGUUUAA